AAUUUAGUUUAAUUUUAAAACGGGAGCGACAAACAUCGAAAACAACAACGGAAAAAUAUUUUGAAAUUUAAAUAAAAAUGAAUUUCAUUUUUAAAACACUACUACUCUUAGGAGUUUGUGGUUCAAUUUGUGAAGGCAUACCGGUUGCUCAAAAUUAUACCCAAGAGUUAUUGAGAUUAGCCAAGGCUUCGGAAAUAAAGGCCUAUUUAAAUGAAGAAAAACCUCCAUGUGAAAAUUUCUAUAAAUUUGCCUGUGGCAAGUGGUCCAGACUGCACCCAGCUCCACCUAAGGGCAAGAGUAGUAAUCUGCAGCAAUUAAAAAAUCUAUAUUGGCGUAAAUGUGGCGAGAUGUUGGCCAGUGAUGGUAGAACUGAUUCGAGUUUGGAUAUUAAAUUAAAAAAUUUUUAUGAAUCUUGUUUGGAGACGGGUAAAAUUGAUCGUAUGGGUUUGGAGUACAUAAUGAAUGAAGUUGAUUUUAAGGGAGGCUGGCCUAAAGUUUUUAAUAGCCAUUGGUAUGAGUCGGAAUACGAUUGGUUGAAGGCGGUGGCCAAAAUGAGAAGAAAUUUGGGUGUUGAUAUAAUGAUUGGUCUGAAAGUGGUACCUGACUUUAAGGAUAAGGAUAUGCACCGUAUAAUGGUGGGAGCUCCUGACUUGUACUUGUCUCAACAUGCAUAUCUAAUAGAGGAUGAAGAUAAUGAACGUUUAAGAACUGCCUACGCCAUGAGCAUACAAAUCCAAUUACAACGUUAUUUCCCCGAUAUGCCCGAACAAUGGUCCCAUGAGGUUGCCCAGCAAGUACUUCAUGUAGAGAGACGUUUAGCCGCCGGUUUCGCUAGACCCGAUUUGACAGUGCAACAAAAGUCACGUUUGCGAUAUACUGCUGAUUUGAAAGCCGCUUAUGGCAGUUAUGUGGAUAUUAAUCGUUAUUUGAAUUUAAUAUUCAAUUCCACCAUUUAUGCCCAAGUGUAUGAAAGUCCCAUUGAUUAUUUCUCAAAUUUAAUGGAUGUUAUCAAGGAAACUCCCAAAAUAACCAUAGCGAAUUAUACCAUGUGGAAGGUGUUGAAUAAAUUCGAUUUGGAAAGAGCUCACUAUGCCAAGAGCAGCAAUUUCUGUGUCAAUAAAGUCAUGGAAUAUUUCCCCGAAGCUUUGGAAAAUAUGUUUGCCCGCAACUAUCACACCAUGCAAAUGUCCAAUGAAUUGCAGUCGGUAUGGUCGGAUAUUAAAAAAACUUUCCGCGAAGAACUACAAACUUCAGCCAAAUUAAGUUGGGUAGGAACGGAUACCAAACAAAAAUUUGUGGAGAAAUUAGAUGCCAUGGAUUUCGAAUUAUCCUCGGUAAAUACUGCCUAUGCUGAGCAAAUGCAAAAGGUGUUAGUAAGAAAAACAAAUUACUAUCAAAAUUUGAUCAACAUUUGGCAAUGGCAGAGUGCUUACAAUUUGGCCAAAAUUAAUGAAAGGCCUUCGGAACCGGAGGAGAAAUUCGACUUGCCUCACUAUUCCUAUGAAGAUAAUAAAAUACUUAUACCUAUUACAUUCCUGCAAUCCCGUUUUCUUUGGGAUCCUUCCUAUCCUCAUGCUUUGCUCUAUAGCACUAUGGGUUUUCUGUUGGCCCAACAAAUGUUCAAAGCUUUCGAUUCUCAGGGACGUAAAUAUGACAAACAUGGUAAUCAAAAUGGUUGGAUGGACACUAUAACCGAAUACAGUUUUGAUGACAAAGCCAAAUGCUAUGUUGAGCAAUAUUCCAAAUACAAAUUCCCCAAUUGGGUACGUAGAGAUGAAAAGAAACUGACCAAUACCUAUGUAUCGGAUAAUGCCGCCUUAAGCAUUGCCUACAAAGCCUACACUCAAUGGUGGGAAAAUGUGGCCAACAAUGUAUUAGCUGAACAAGAGUCCUUGCCACUGCUCGAUAAAUAUUCUCGCAACCAAUUAUUUUUCAUUGGUUUUGCACAACUUUGGUGCGCUGACUACUCGCCGGAUAUUGAGGAAUACGAAGAACUUCCGGAACGUUGGCGCGUUAUUGGUGCUUUGGCUAAUUUAAAUGAUUUUGCUCGGGUAUAUGAAUGUGAUUUGGGCAAUAAAAUGAAUCCAGAACAAAAGUGUGUUUUGUAUUAAACUCGAUAAAUUAAUUAUAUGUAAAACUGUAAUACUCAAUAAUAAUAUUUUUUAAUAAAGAAAAAAUUCAAUUUUAAAUCUGUUUAAA